GUACUCUUUAAAGGAGAAAGACCAGCGGAGGCACCAGGCCAUGUGGCGCGUUCCACCAGAUCUGAAGAUGCUGAAGAGGUUAAAGAGUCAGAUGGCUGAAGUACGUAGUAAAAUGUCAGAUGUGAAGAACCAGCUGUCAGAGGUUCGGAGUAGCAACAGCACCUCUUCUGACGGGCAGGCAACUUAUUCAUUCCCUGGCGACCAGGGAGCCUUGGCUGCUUGCGGGACAGAAGGCUACAACAAGCUACAAGAACUUGGGAGGGAGCUGCUGACAAAAUCAUCCCUCUCUAGCUGCUAUAUUCGGAAUUCCACAAAGAAAAACAAUUCAACCAAAGCUGGUCGCACAGGGGCUGCAGGCAGCCUCUCUUUGCGAAGAGCGAUGGAUUGUGGGGAUGGAAAUAUCCUUUUGAAGCCAGACUGUCAGCUUUCCUCUGAAGGUUGCCUAGGAAACUCAAAGCCCAACAGUCGGCGUGGCUCCCCAAGAUCUUUAACUUGUGCUUCAGACCCCCUGUCUAAUUCUGAAGACAGAGUAUGUGAGGUUUCUGAUUCCAGCAUUGGUGCUUCUGGUUUAAGUGGCAUAACUGCUGUGGAAAAGGCCAGGAAAGGAAUAGCUGUGGGGCCUAAUUCAAAUCGAUGUUGCCUGGAAGCAGCAGAGUCAAAUGAUUUGGAGAACAGCACUGAAGCUGGAGAGCUCCAAGUAGUCCCCUCUGAAGGGGCCUCAGCAAAUCUUGAGGAAGUUGGACUUUGCCAGAAGCAUGUCCUUCACCUCUUGCCAGGCAUGAGCAGUGACAGCGACAUUGAAUGUGACACAGAGAAUGAUGAACAGGAAGAUGCAGAGACUGCCUGUGCCACUCCAGAGGUCUACAACCAGGCUUUCCAGACUCAGCCUUCAAGUGAUGCCUCAGAAUUGUGCUCAGUUUUCCCUGAGGGUGACCAGAUAGGCCCUGAAGAUCUCCCCUUUGCCACAGGGAAGGACAGUGCAAGGUAAUACUGGGUUCUUCCUGCUGCACCAGCUAAAAUUUUAUGAGGAUUGGCAUUUUGGGACUAAAGAGUUUGCAAAGGAAUUGCAUCUGUGAUACCAGCAAUUUGCUACCUGAGUGACUUCAUAGCAUCUGGAGGUUUGUAUAUUUGUCUUGCUUUUUCUCAUAUCUGAAAGCUGAUUGUGUAUGAGGAUGAGGUCUGCGUCACAUAAGUAAAGAUCAGUGUACCUUUGAGAUGUCCUGUGUUAGGGUACUGCUGCCCUUCCUCCAUGAAGAAGGAUGAGAUCAUGCUGAAUUACUGUUGUUCAGAUCUGCCCCAAAUGCAUAAAGGCCUGUUAAUGUUUCUUUAUAUUUCACUUUUUUGGUGGAUCACUCUGAUGUUGAGUUCUUUUAAACCUAGAGAUGUAAAGUGUGGUAUACCAUCCUCACCUUUGUAGCCUUCAGAGCUCCCUUCCAGUAAGUGGGCCCAAAUUUGGAGUCCUUUUUUGCAUUUGGGAAGCUUUAAGGAACAAAAGUGGUCUCCUUAAGUCUAGCAGAUGCUUAAAAUUUCCAUUUCACUUAUAAAAGCCCCACUCUCCAUACAGGCUGUGACUCCAUCUACUUUUGGAGUGCAUCUCAGAAUGUUACACAAAACCAUAUUGUGCCAACCCAUUUUAAAGACUACUGAUUUUCUUCUCUGUCCUUAUCCUUUGUUUGUUGAUUUUAUUGACAUAGACUGCUUCUGAUAUGAAAUUAUUCCAGUUUGUUUAUUCUGUUUUGUCCCAGAUAGAGCUUUUGGGGAUGGGAGCCGUCUGAAGUUUGAUUAGCAUUUGGUAGCUUAUUUCUUAGGGAUGGCACUGCCCCAAGUUUUCUGGUAAUGCCUUACACAGACUUUUCAUGACCCUGUCCUCUGAAAAUUCUAGCUGCAUUGGUUCUCCAGUUCCACCUGCACUUCAUUUAGCUCCAAAAGCUACUUUAACCUUAGCCAUAUUCCUCAGUGAUGGCGAGGUUUAAGGGGACGAAGAAGGGACACUUCCCUGCUGCAAUUAUUUUAAAUGGUAUACAUUGUUGUCAUAAGCUACUUAAAUAUUUUCCAAAAGGAGUUUGUUUUCUCUCCCUCCCUCCCUCUCCAAAUUAGUCCAGUUUUGGCCAGUUGAAACUAGCCUUUUUUUGACAUUCUGCAUUGCAUUUGAGCUACUGAAGGUGUUCUACAAGUUUAUGCUUAAUUGGCUAUUCCCUUAAAAGCAUGUUAUAACUAUAUAAAUAUUACUUAAUGUAUCCUGGUGUAUUUAUCUUCUCUUGAAUGUUAUACUUAACAGAAAUAUCCAUUUGUAAAUGUAAUGUUUAACAACUGUAAAAAUUCAGGUGAAAAUGGUUUGCACUCUUUUAAUUAAUAAAAUGAAUGUGGAAUUGACUGUGCUUGUGCAGUUUAAGCUCCUAAGAGAUGAGGGUAUGCAAGGAAUAGUUGCUAGAUUCAACAUCAACAUCUUUGCAAAGCACCUUGAGCAGAGUGUUUUGUGUUGGGUUUUUAUAUAAAAACAACAGCAGUGAUGAAUGUGUAAAAUUGGGCUAGGCAACCAGCUGGUUCCCUUCAUUGUGUAGGUUUCACCUCUUUUCAGAUGGUACCCUGUGGUUUGCUUUUUUUUUUUUUGUCAGAGCUAAAACUGUUACAUUCUCAUUACGUAUCUGCUCUAUUAAAAAUAACAGGGCCAAAAUUUCUCUUGGAAAAUUUAAUUUCUACCUUCAUAAGAUGAAUUUCUAGUAACUUUUGGGUCCAGUGCUCUUGCCUGCCUGCAAAUUCUAGUUGUGAUACUUGUAUUUAAUGCACACUGACAGUUACGUAAUUGCAGUAGAGAAUGAUCGUGGUGUUACAACUAGCCUGGUGUUGGGAUGAGUAAAACUGGUGAUUGAGGAAUGAGAACAUACCUCCAGAAGGAGUCCCUGGAAUGGCAUGGUCCAGAGUUGUAACUCUGAAAUGUUUCAAUCCCAAAUCACUGUCAAAUGAGUACCUCUCAUCCUGUGUUUGCUGGGAAAUAGAGAAACUACACAUUGAGCAGGGUGGAUAAGCUGCCUUCUUCAGUGUUUUAAGUAAAACAAAUGUUCCAGGCCCUUUUCUUUUGAAAAGAGAAUUUGAAUUGAAGAGCAGAGGAAGCUAAUCCAGUUAAAGGCAUUUUUAUUUCCUUUGGGAGCAGCAUCUAGUCUUAAGACCCUUCUCUUGUUAUUUACCUUCAAAAUAUUUUGCAUUAUAAAAGUUUUUUUUAAGUAGUUAAAAAGACUUAAGAAAAAGCAAGAUUUUUUUACUGUUACAUCACGGUUUUGAAAUAGACAUGUUGGCAUCUAGCCAGAAUUAUAUCCAUUGAUUUUCAUGAGCAGCUCUCACUUCCAUUCUUGGUGAUAUUUUAAAGCAAGUUCUGUUAAGACAACUGGAAAAUGAUUUAUUCAGACAGUAAGAUAGGUCUCUGCAGGCUUUUUAAUUUCGGAUCUCUCCCCCAAACAUUAUUUCUGUUUUGUCUCCCACCAAUCCAUGCCAUUUUCAUUUCACUGAGGGUUUGUAUGGAGUGAUGGUUACUACUGGACUGUGAUUGGGAGUGUUGGAAUCAAGUUUAUCUGAAGCUCUGAGUGAUUUUAAGGCAGACCCUCAGCCCUCAGUGAUUUUAAGGCAGUCAAGUUCUUGAGAAGCAGAAACUGGGAAGAAAGCGCUACAUACUUUUGCCUUCAUGAUAGAGGGAAAACUAGAUAUAAAUCAAAUGUGUUCUCCUACUGGGGGAUUUCCCCCCCAACAUUUGUACAUUUUAUUGUUUCUAAUGCCUCUCUUCUGUGGGUUUGCUGCUGUGUUUGCACCAUGAAGAUAUGCAGUCUUCUCAGCAGUUAGAAGCAGAAAAUCAGAUGACAGUUUAACUGCCUAUGAAAUGAGAGAAGCUCAAGACUUUGUUGUUAUUUGUCAUUAAAUAAGUAGACAGGAGAUUUAAGAUUUGUUGCUUUAUUAAGGUACUGAUAGAGGUUGAACAUAGUCCUUGUCUUUUGUGAACAGCUUUAAUAAAUAAAAUAUGGCUAAUACAUGAUCCCUAUCAAAUUCGUAAGUUACUGGAACAAAGUUUUCAACAGAUCCCAACAUAUUACUAAAUCAUUUCUACUAAACUGACCUACUUCAUUAAUUUCAUGACAACACAAUUAUCUUUCAGUAGCUCUGUAAUAUACUUGGCAUUCUUAAGAAUGCACAGUUCUAACAUUUUAGUAAUAAUGAUGAAUGUCAGCUGGCUCUGUCCCAAGCAAGCCUUGUUCCAACUAAUCUUAACUGUUGGCGUUUUUCUUUCUAAAAGUAGGGUUAGACAAAUGUUUUAUUCUGUCAAACCAAAUUUGACAUUUGUACAAUACUUCAUUGUGUUAAUACUGGGGGCUAAUGUUUAGUCCUAUUGUAGAGGUUAUAUUAUAAAGAGAAAUCCAGCCUUGUUAGCAGGCAUGAGAACCACAGCUCUGCUGUGGUUUUUGUGGUUCUUUUCUUUCUGGAGCUGAACAAGCUGAAUCUUGGAAAACUAGGUGUUCAGGUUCUUCGGAGGUAAUAAGAUUCUAGGCAAGGGGAAGGGCCACUUGAACUAUAAUUCUCAGUUGUCACAUUGCACUUACACGGCAUAGUUGUUUUUCUGGCUUAACUGUUCCUCCAAAAACAAAAAAAGCAAAGUUGCCUCUAUAUACAACAAUGAAGUACUGUAAACACGGGACAGAUAAAAUAUCAGGCUACUUUAUGAAUCUAGAUGGAAGGUUCUAAUUUGAAAAUUAUUAAGAUGGUAGCAGGGGAGGUUAGAUGCUGUCUGAGCAUUCUCUUCUCCUCGAACUGCAGCUGUUCUCUUUGAGCCCGGCGAGGUGCCAGAGGGAGAAUAUCCUUCCUUGCUUGCUUGCGGGUAUCCUUAGAUUGCUUAGUGGGGGAGCCACAGGAUUGUGCUCUUCCAGGAAGUAGAGAGGGACAGAUUAACUACGUGGAAGUGGGAGUAGAUUCUAAAGUGCUGAGAAUGAUUGAUGGCACUUCGGGAGUAUAAAUAUUCUACCUUUCUUCUGUGCAACUGCAACACAACUGAAAGGGAUUAGUGGCUUCUUGCCCUACUAUUCCAUUUCCUGCUGCAAAAGGUAUUCCUCUUAAUUCUACAGUUUCUGUUGGAGGGGGAUUAAAGGAAUCCCUUUGAAAGUCACAGUGGAUAAAUUCACAAGCAGCUCUUGACCAGCCUCUGGAAGGACAGCUGAGAGUCUCUCUUCUCACCAACUGCUACUGCUUCUGUGUUCUUACACAACUGAUGCAGAUUGUGUGAACUUGAGGGAUACUUCAGAUCUUUAUUGGAAAGAUUUCAGUAUGCAAAUAUCACCACUAUUUAAAUACACAAAUUUACAAAACACUUUACAGACAACCAACAUUAACACAGUUAAAUACCUAUAUUUUUGUACAUUUUCACCAGCUAAAGGAUCAAAAUACAAGUUACAGAACAUUAAGAUUAUCAUUAAUUUAAAAGGAGCUUAUUGCUUACGUCAGCAAGCAGCAAAUGAGGGCGCAGGAGUGUUAACUGAAGAGAACUACUUCCUAUUUACCAGUGGCAUGAAGAAAAAACACAGCAUGUCACAAAGCACUGCUUUUUUUCUUUUUUUCUUUUUUUUUCCCCUCUUGCCUAGUGUAUAGAAUCAAGCAGCACAUACCAGUUCAGGAACAACUACUUUUAAAAUACGUAUUAUACCACAUUUGAAAAUUUGCCUCACAAAUGGAUUCUACACGCUCUACCACUAUGUGAUGAAAGAAAUGGACACUUUCUAUUUUUAACAAUAUUUUGUACUGGACCACAGUAGGAAUGCAUUGACAGGUUCCUUCCUGCAGGGUCAAACAGGGAGAACAGCAGGUAAUCCAUCUAUGAAUCCACAGGCAUGAAGUUAACUGUAAACACAAGAGCAUGCUCCAAGACUCCAAGACUUUCCAAUUAUACCUGCAUUUUGGGAAGAGCAUCCAACUUCUGCAGCACCCAAGAACUUGGACAUGCCUUCAGAGGAUUACUUUUGCACAUUCCAUUGAAGACAGCCAUCCAAAAGAAGCAACUGGAUCUAUCUAUCCUUGACUGGUCUGAAAUGUUUUCAGGCAAGACAGCCCAAAUUGCUCUAUUCUACAAGCACUUAUUUCUUUGUAACAUAAUACACCUAAGCCUGCAGUUGUCAAAUGCAAACAAAUGGUGCUCCCCUCCACAAGUAUGAGUAAACCUAGGGCUUUCAAUCUCUUAAUGGUAUUAAACUACUUUUUCUUCCUCUAGUGAAUCCUUUUGCAACAUGGUAUCCUUCAGAAUUUCCAAUUAGGAUGUCCAGAUUUUGAGAGUAGCAGUUCCAAAACCUCUAAAGGGUGCCUAAUUAAGGACUACUUCACUCAUUAAAAAAAAAAAAAAAAAA